UAAACAUUCAUAAUCUAGAAACGAGAUCGUGAGACAGUAACACCUGUGUGUUUCUGUGGCUGUCUAAGUACAGCAGUUGUAUUCAAAAUGAAAUUGCUGGGCAUCCUGUUUCUUCUUGGUUUAAGUAUAGAAGAAUGCAUUGGUUACAUCAAGUUCGCUUCUUAUUAUCAAAACCAUAUGGUUCUACAGAGAGGUCCCAAACACGCUGUGGUAUGGGGCACAUCUGAUAAACUCGGGGAUACCGUCACAGUAGAGGUCAGUGGUGGACAUGGGAACGUCACAACCAAAGUUGUUGCUGACCCAAAUGGCCAGUUGGACGGUGUUUGGACAGUAAAGCUACCAGCAAUAACGGAUCACGGACCAUUCACUAUAACGGCUUCUUACAGACUGGGAAAGGUCACAAUAGAUGAUGUCUUAUUUGGUGAUGUGUGGGUUUGUUCCGGGCAGAGCAACAUGGGCUUCCCCAUUAGUUGGCUGGCUAACCCCUCCAAAGUAAUCGCCGAGGCAGCUAACUUCCCGAACAUUCGCCUAUUCAAGACGCGUCCCGUGGUGUCAAACUCAACAUUUGAUAACCUACAUGGUUUACAUCAGUAUUGGUAUAAAACAUCUCAAGCCAGUAUUUCGACAUUUUCUGCUGUAUGUUGGCUGUACGCCCAGUACCUCUUCCCUCACCGCAAGUAUCCUCUUGGUAUGGUGGAAUCUGCCUGGGGAGGGACGUCCAUCGAGGCAUGGUCGUCUCCCGAUGCUCUCUCUAUAUGCCCAUCCAAGAGAAAGAGGGGGCCAAGUGCUGAUAGCAUCCUGUGGAACUCGAUGAUGAAUCCCUUCACACACAUGACGAUAUAUGGUGUCCUGUGGUACCAAGGUGAGCACAAUGCCCCCCAUGCAGAACGCUAUGCGUGUGAGUUCCCAGCCAUGAUAGCAGACUGGAGAAGCAAGUUCCAUCAGGGAUCUUUAGGAGAGACUGACGUCAACUUUCCCUUUGGGUUUGUUCAGCUUGCCCCUAACACGAACGCUAGCUUCAUUGGGUCAUUUCCUGCCUUGCGUUGGGCUCAGACAGCCAAAUUCGGACGGGCACCAAAUACAAAGAUGCCAAAUACUUUCAUGGCAGUAGCCAUUGAUUUGCCAGAUUUUACAGCACCACAUGGAUCCAUUCAUCCACGUUUUAAAGACGAUGUGGCAAAGCGACUGGUGUUAGCUGGUCGAGCUGUUGCCUACAAGGAAAAGGAUCUUGAUUACCAGGGUCCGUUCCCAACUGCGUUUGGUGUAAAUAGCCCACAUAAACUUUUGACCGUUGAAUUUAGUGGAGGACACAUGCCUAUUGAGGUUCGGAACAACGACGGGUUUGAGGUUUGUUGCUCAAGUUCAAGGACGACGACGUGUGGUGCUCAUGACGUCUGGGUUCGUGCGCCAAUCACGACGCACGACACAAAGUCUGUGACUGUGUCAACAUCCGGCUGUGGUAGUCGCCAUCUUGUUGGCCUCCGUUACGAGUGGCGGACCAGUCCUUGUCCGCUGAGGAAGUGUUCCGUGUAUGGGAGAGACAACGACUUGCCAGCUCCUCCCUACAUCAGGAGCCACGCCUUCACUGAUAGCUCGUCCCACAUCAUUGGAUAAUGUUUUAUCUUCAAACCCUAUGUUUGAACUAAAUAAAAUUAGCUUGCGAA